AUGAGGGCGGCACUCGUGAGCUUGGCGGAGGUAGAGAGUGCUAAGGGCGUUGGCAUCGAAGAGGGCGGCCUACCAGUGGACCUUUCUCUGACAGUAGAUACAGUGUUUCCCUGUUCUAUAGAUGCCAAAUGUGUUACAGAGAAUACAAAGCUUAUUACCCAUCAGCCUGCUAAGGCAGAUCUGGUUAGUCAUAACAAAAGUCACACAGGUGAGAAUCCAAUUUCUUGCUCUGAGUGUGGGAAAUGUUUUGCCCGGAAAUCACAACUUGUUAUACAUCAGAGAAGUCACACAGGUGAGAAGCCAUUUCCAUGUCCUGAGUGUGGUAAAUGUUUUGCACAAAAAUCAGAUCUUGUUAGUCAUAACAGAAGUCACACAGGUGAGAAGCCAAUUCCUUGCUCUGAGUGUGGGAAAUGUUUUGCCCGGAAAUCACAACUUGUUAUACAUCACAGAAGUCACACAGGUGAGAAGCCAUUUUCUUGCUCUGAGUGUGGGAAAUGUUUUGGCCGGAAAUCAGAUAUUGUUAGACAUCAGCGAAGUCACACAGGUGCGAGGCCAUUUCCAUGUUCUGAGUGUGGAAAAUGUUUUGCACACAAAUCACAUCUUGUUAUUCAUCAGAGAAAUCACACAGGUGAGAAGCCUUUCUCUUGCUCUGAGUGCACGAAAAGUUAUACUCAGAAAUCAGAACUUGUUACACAUCAGAGAAGUCACACAGGUGAGAAGCCAUUUCCAUGUCCUGAGUGUGGGAAAUGUUUUUCACACAAAAAAGAUCUUUUUAUACAUGAGAAAAGUCACACAGGUGAGAAGCCAUUUUCUUGCUCUGAGUGUGGGAAAUGUUUUUCACUCAAAUCAGCUCUUGUUAUACAUCACAGAAGUCACACAGGUGAGAAGCCAUUUUCUUGCUCUGAGUGUGGGAAAUGUUUUAGACAGAAAUCACAUCUUGUUACACAUCAGCAAAGUCACACAGGUGAGAAUCAAUUUCCAUGCUCUGAGUGUGGGAAAGGUUUUGCACACAAAUCAGCUCUUGUUGUACAUCAUAGAAAUCACACAGGUGAGAAGCCAUUUCCAUGUUCUGAGUGUGGGAAAUGUUUUGCACACAACUCAGCUCUUGUUAUACAUCACAGAAGUCACACAGGUGAGAAGCCAUUUCCAUGUUCUGAGUGUGGGAAAUGUUUUACACACAAAUCACAAUUUGUUACACACCAGAGAAGUCACACAGGUGAGAAUCCAUUUCCAUGCUCUGAGUGUGGGAAAGGUUUUGCAGACAAAUCAGCUCUUGUUGUACAUCAUAGAAGUCACACAGGUGAGAAGCCAUUUCCAUGUUCUGAGUGUGGGAAAUGUUUUGCACACAACUCAGCUCUUGUUAUACAUCACAGAAGUCACACAGGUGAGAAGCCAUUUCCAUGUUCUGAGUGUGGGAAAUGUUUUACACACAAAUCACAAUUUGUUACACACCAGAGAAGACACACAGGUGAGAAGCCAUUUUAAUCUUCUGGAGUAUACUCAUCAUUGCCAUGCGUUGUUCUUCAAGGUUCUUAUCCUAUCUUCUAUGUUUUUUGCAAUAUACAUGCUACUGCAUGGUGAAAUAAUCAGAUGUCAUGCCUUCAUCUACCACUGCUAUGCAGAUGAUCUGUCUUUUGCUCCAGAUACUGAGAACCCAGUACCAAUCCUAAAUGGUUGUCUAGCUGAGCUCCAGGUGUGGGUGAUGCCAGUUGGCUGUGACUCAGUCCUGGUGAAACAUGUCCUUAUGGUAGAAGCUCACCAACAAAGGGCAGGGCUACAGCUCAGCUUUGCAAACCAACCAGACUUACACUUGGGGGUUUAGAGUUACAAAAUGCUGAUCCUUUGCAGAAUCUUGGUGUCCUGGAUGGUUAAGUGACACUUAGACAUCAGGUAUCAGCCACAAUCAGAUCCUCAUCUGAGGAACAUAGCCAGACUCCAGCACUUAUUUCCCUCAGAAGAUCUACCUACAGUCAUACAUGUACUUGUAUCAUCACGCAGACUACUGCAAUGUCCUCUACCUGGGUCUCCCAGCAAAAGAAUUACAGAGCUUGUAGCUUGUAGAGAAUGCAGCAGCCAGGCUGUUACCUAACCAGCCCGUUCCUGCCACAUAACACCCAUUCUAUGCUCCCUUCACUGGCUGCCUGUAAGAUGGUGAC